AUGGGCGCGCCGGCGCGCGUUGCUUCGACAGACCCCUGUUGGCGAGUCACGCUGGCUCUCGCGGACCCGGUAACCUGCCCGUUCGCGCAAGUUUUCUGUGACGAUGUUUGUAACGGUGCUUCGUUGCGCGCGGAUUGCCACCACGCUGACAGCGUGCUGAAAGCUGCUGCUGCUGCUGCUGCUGCUGUUGCUGCUGCUGCUGCUGCUGCUGCUGCUGCUGCUGCUGCUGCUGCUGCUGCUGCUGCUGCUGCUGCUGCUGCUGCUGCUGCUACUAAUGGCGCGAUCAGUCGGCGUCGCCCUCGCCUUUCUCGUCAGCACCUCGAUCCUACUAACGAGUAA